AAAUAAAUAAAAAACAGGAAAAAAAAUGAAUGGAAUGGAAUGGAAGGAAAGCUGUGGAAUGUGGAUUAAUCUAGAAGUGGUAAGGAGGAGAGAGAUGAGUAAACCUGCAAGGCCGUAAGCAUAGUUGUAUGAGACAGCGAACAUAAAGAAAAAGAAUAAUCAAUUAUGAAUAUGGCAUCCUCUUCUACUUCUUCUUCUCCUUCUCAAUCUUCCAAAUCGCCAAACUCACCCUUCUCUCUCAACCCCAACCGAUUCGGCCUCGUUAAAACAUUUGCUGCCCCGCCCUCCCCUCUCCAAAUGGACCACAACACUGCUUCUCAGAACCAUCAUUCUUCCUUGCCGGAGUUACUGACGGAGUACAUGGUGGAUAUGAAGUGUGAAGGUUGUGUUAAUGCUGUUAAAAACAAGUUGCAGACCAUCAAUGAUAUAUCAGUUCACAAAUUUCAGUUAUGGCAUCCUACACUGGAGUGUUCAUCAUUUAUGUCAAACUGGUCUUGUCAACUUUCUGCAGGAGUGAAGGAUGUAGAGGUGGACUUGAGCAAUCAGGUAGUUAGGAUUCGUGGUUCGACUCCAGUGAAGACCAUGACUGAAGCUUUGGAACAGACUGGUAGAAAAGCCCGAUUAAUCGGACAGGGAACACCUGAAGACUUCUUAAUAUCUGCCGCUGUUUCUGAAUUCAAAGGUCCAGACAUUUUUGGAGUUGUUCGCCUAGCUCAAGUAAACAUGGAACUAGCUAGGAUUGAAGCCAACUUCAGUGGUUUGUCACCAGGAAAGCAUGGUUGGUCCAUUAAUGAGUAUGGGGACCUGACUAGAGGUGCAGCUAGCACUGGUAAAGUAUACAAUCCAACAGACGGGGAAGAUGCUAAACAGCCACUUGGCGACCUGGGAACAUUAGAAGCUAACGAAAAGGGCGAAGCCUUCUACACUGGGGUCAAAGAAAAGCUCAAGGUAGGUGAUCUUAUUGGACGAUCAGUGGUUGUAUAUGCAACUGAAAACAAAUCAGAACAUGGUAUAGCUGCUGCUGUAAUCGCCAGAAGUGCAGGGGUGGGAGAGAACUACAAAAAACUCUGUACAUGUGAUGGCACCACCAUUUGGGAGGCAAGUGACAGAGAUUUUGUCACAAGCAAGGUCUGAAUCCAUAUAAAAGUAAUUCCCUGAAAAGUGAAAACCAACGGAUUGUGAUUCAGAUGCCUCUUCACCCUGUAGUCCUUUAUGCUUUUUAGGGUUUGUACACUAUUGUCACGUUUUGUGGGUUAGUGCAUCAUUGUAAGUUUGUAACAUUCUGUGAGCUUAUACUUCAAUUUUUCAUAAUAAAUUAUACACUUAUAAAGGUUAGGUACUCAAAUAAUUUCUUCGUGCCCAUCAUAUUAGUGGGGUUAUGAGGCAAUAUAUUUAGGCGUAAUCAUGGGACUAUGGCAGUGCAUUGAGUAGUCACAAACUACAGAGUGUAUUCACUCAAUUGAGUCAAUCCGUGCACAUCUCAUGUAACUCUUCAAGAUCCUUGAAUGCUACAGGUUUUCUGGGAAAGAUGUAGAAAGAUUACUGCAAAACCUUUAUUUUUCAUGAAAAAAGAAGAAAGGUAAUAUAUAGUUUUUGUU